AUGAUCAACAACACGUUGGGUGAACGUGUCUUCAUCCACAUCUGCWUCUUCGGYCUGGGCUUGAUUGCACCUCUGAGCGUAGCAUGCACCGCCUAUGCGUUCCUCCGACCGUGGUUGGGCGGUGAUCUCUUCAAUGCGGCGCUCCCCGCCAUUCCACUCCCACUCAGCAUCUACUUCCUCGCUGAAGCCAUUUUCUGGCUUGCAUUCCAGCUCCCGCUCUAUCGCAGCCUUCAAAAGGAAGCAAAGCACCCUCCUAUCCGCCCCGAGCCGGACCGCAGACAGCUCUUCGAACGCGUGACAAAAGACACCGAUUCUGCCGAUCUGGAGCGGCAUAUCCGUUGGUGGUGCAGGGGCGCCGCGUUGAACGAUAUCGGCCGUGAAGGCAUCAAAGACUGGCUUUCAUGGGCCUUCUUCGAAGGUCGCGUUGACAGCAAGAAUGAAGAAGAGCUGGAGGAGUAUACGAGACACUUUGAGGAUCUUCUUGGGAAGAAAUUUGCUCAAGGGUACGGGAAAGCAAAGCCCAUCCGCCUGACAUUAGACAAAGUCRCACUUUCAGGCUACAGAAGUCUGACAUGGUACUUCUGUGUGGGGUUCGUCGACUUCUUGACAUACGUCCGUCUAUGCCGCAAUGKAUAUCAUCACCAUCGCCUGGCACUCAAGGACUUCUUCGGACUCUUUCCUCUCCGGCCAGUCGCUUUGACUGCAAAGAACAAAUCUCCGGUCAAGCACCUCACUUACUGGCAUCGCCCUCACACGGCAACGGAUCGGCUUCCUGUGUUGUUCAUCCAUGGUAUUGGUAUCGGACUCUACCCAUACGUCGACUUUCUCGACGACCUCCUUCAUCACGUUGACGACGGCCACUCAUCCCCCAGCCAAGGUCAGAUUGGCAUCAUCGCCCUGGAGAUCAUGCCGGUCUCUUUCCGCAUCACCCAUGCAGCGCUAGGUAAAGAGGAGACGUGCAAUGAAAUCAACACCAUCUUGGAACAUCACGGCUGGGAUAAGUGUAUACUGAUUGGACACUCCUAUGGCACCAUUACUGCAACCCACAUGCUGCAUAGUAGGACCCUGCAGCCCAAGAUCGCAAACGUUCUCUUGAUUGAUCCGGUAUGCUUUCUGUUGCACAACCCGGAUGUCGCAUACAACUUCACAGUCCGUAUGCCUACGCAUGCGAACGAAUGGCAAUUGUGGUACUUUGCCUCCCAGGAUCCAGGUGUUGCCCAUACACUCUGUAGAAGAUUCUUCUGGAGUGAGAACGUUCUGUGGUUGGACGAUCUUCUGCCUUUGAUGGCAAAGACCGGAAUGCGAGUGACUGUAAGCUUGGCCGGGAGAGAUCUGAUCGUCGACACCGAGGCCGUGGGUAAAUACCUUGUCGGUGRCACGGGCGGCAAGGUCAAUGGGGAUGAGUGGAAGUAUCGUGAGUGGAAGGGUGAAGGCUUGGAGGUCAUCUGGAAUGAGGACAGAGAUCACGCUCAAGUUUUUGACUCUGUCCAGAAGCGCGCAAGACUUGUGCAGGGGGUCAAACGGUACUGCGAGAAUAGAACUUAG